AUGCAGACCGUCGCCGUGUCUCUGCUGUGUCGGAGGUCUGUGGUCGCAGCAACGCAGUCCCUCUCCCUGGGACCAGCGCCCAGUCUGGCGCACUUCCUCCAUAGAUACAGCACAGAGACGAAUGUGCCAUCUACCUCCAGCAGCGACGUGUACGUUUACACAUCGCCGUACGGCCCCACGGUUCGGAAUGUGAAGAGUGUACAGAACGGCGAGCCAGAUUGUCAGCUCAGCGUCAGCAGGGGGUCGUCAGCGAGUGGGCGCUCCCGAACGAGCCAAGCUUGA